ACUAUCUGUCAAACAGUUUUCAUUCAUCGUGUUGAAAUGAUCACAACUUGAAAGUAUUGUUUGAUACCGAUUGAAUUACUGUUAUUUCUGAUAAUAUCUGCGCAGUGUGCGUCGUACUGUGCAGGGGAUAUCAGUUCCUAUACCGCGCUAUGAAAACGAACAAAGCGGUUGAGAAUGUGGAGAUCACACCAUCUAAAAAGAAACUGACACAGGCUCGCUUGCCUUUCAAGCUUAUUAGCGAAGAUGCUUCAACCCCGGUAGCUCCUCCCACGAGGAAGAGGAAGCUCUCUGUCGAUGGAACCGAACCAGCCCCUAAGGGUAAGAUCUGCAAGGAAAAUAACGAACUUGACGACUUGGUAGUUAUUAGUGAUGACGAGUGUAAAGACAACCAGAAACUGGAAAAGGAGGCUAAGGUGAUGAAUCCGUUCGUUAAGCUCGUCGAUACCGCUCGGAAAAAGAAGUUACAGAAAGCAAAGACUCCUAAAAAACGUAAAAGUAGGAAAAGUACAUCAAAACAGAUUGAAUCUACUGAAACCAAAAAUGAAACUGAACAAGGAGAUGCCGACGAUGUUGAAAUGAUGGACGUAGACACUGAGAACCAGGAGCAAACUGGAAAUGAGCAGAAAUCUCCUAAGGCCAGUCCUAAAUCCAAAAAGACUGAAAUAGAGACGAACAACAAAGCUUCUAAUGAUGAUCUGAAUGAUGUUGUGGAACUUGAGGACUCAAAUGACUGUACUGACGUUCAAAAACCAAAUGAAACAGAAAAAGAAUCAGAUAUUAACACUGAAGUCAAAGAAGCAGCUCCAGUCACUCCUAGAACUACAAGAAAAUCAAUGUCUGAAACAGACACAGAAAAAUCAAAUGAAUCGGAACCAGCUCCAAAGACUCCUGUCCGCAAAGCUAAGGACGGUAAAGACAAGGCCAACACAUCAUUACCGGCCAAGUUGAAUGAGUCUGUAUCCAGCCCAUCAACCCCAAAACGCAGCAGUAGGAGUUCAUCUGUCACAAAUAGCCUAAAUGAUUCAGUUAGCGAGUCUGCCAGCACACCGGCGGCCAACUUAACUCCAAAACAAAUGCAAAAGAAAUUAGAAUCAGCUAAGAAGCGGGAAGAGCGUGAAAAAGACAAGCAAGAGCGUGAAAAGAAGCGACAGGAGGAAAAGGAAGAAAAGGCUAGACAGAGACAGGAGAAGGAUGAUGCCAAGAAGAGGGAGCGAGAGGAAAAGGAGGAGCAGAAACGAAAGGAAAAAGAAGAAAAAGAGAAACAGAAGGAGCUAGAAAAGAAACUCAGAGAAGAAAAGGAAGAACAAAAGAAAAAAGAGCGGGAAGAGAAAGAAGAACAAAGACGCAAAGAAAAGGAGGCCAGAGACGAGGAAAAACGCAAAAAACAGGAAGCGCUAGAACUUGAGAAACAGGAACAGGAACUUAAGAAGAAAAAAGCGGCAGAGGCGUUUGUUAACUUCUUUGUACCAAAACAGAAGGAAAAAGAGCCUAAAGCUAUAGUUAGCCAGAACAGUAUUCUAUCAAGUUUUACUAUAAAAGCUGAUAUGAGAUUAGCUCCAUUAAUACGAGUGGAACUCUCCGAUAUGCAGAAAAUAGAUAUGGAUAAGUUAAUAAGUGAUCAAAAGUUGGUUGAAAAGGAUCUUUAUUUGAAGAAUUUGAAGAAGGAAGGUGUUAAAAUAGGACGUAGCGGAAAGACUUGGCCGCUGACUGAUAAAGAAGAAGAUGAUGAUGUUAUGAUUGUUGAGGACGAGUUGCCGGCAAUAGAGGGCGCUGAGGAAGUACUGGCUUGCGAGGAAGCUACGAGAGAAAAGCUUCGUCCAAAGCUGUUCAGCUUCCACGAGAAUAAGAGACCGCCUUAUUGGGGCACUUGGAGGAAGAAGAGCGCCUUCGUCACAGCUAGGAGACCUUUCGGACAAGAGAAACAACUCGACUACGACGUAGACAGCGAUGAAGAUUGGGAAGAAGAACAAGAAGGCGAGAGUCUCGACGGCAGCGUGGCCGGCGACGACGACGAGCCUGAUGAUGAUUACGAGGUCGACAACGAGGUGUUCGUGCCGCACGGGUAUCUCAGCGACGAGGAAGCCACAAUGGACGAGGAAGAAGACAAAGACAACGUCCUUUCCCUUUCCCCCGAAACGCAAAAGGCGCGGCUCAAAAACCUAGAAGACGAAUUCGAGUCCGAAAUGAAAAAACCAACAGAAAAACUCAAACCCAGGCUCUAUGGUCUAAUAUGGGAAACGAAAGAUGGCGGCAAACCGGAAAAAUGCAUCGAUGCUCUAUGGAAUUACUUCGGAAAAUUGUCUAUGAUCAUGGAUGACGCAGUAAUUGACAGUUUAUUACAACCACCGUCAGAGCCACAGGAGCCAGAAAAGAAAAAAGUUAAAAAGAAGAAAUUAGCCGAAGGAGAGCAACAGAGCCCUAAAAGUGAGAAAAAGAAAAAGGCCAAACCAGAAAAGAAAGAAACUAAGAAAGCUAAGUCUGAGCCGAAACAGGAAACUAAGAAAAAUCAGCCUGGUAUUAACUCGUUUUUAAAUAAAUUAAAAUCGACGUAAAAUUUUAGAGUUAAGAGGAAAGGGGACGGCCGCUUCUCCAUACAAACGUAGUCCCCAUUUUCCUCUGGAUAUUAUGGAAAAUAUUUUUACAUAAUUUGAUGUAUAUUAACCAUAGCUUUGAGUUUUUAACGUUUGACUUUUUUCGAUUUUUUGAUUAUUGUAAAAAUAAGGAGCAGAAAACAGAUUUUAUGCAAAUUUUUAAAUGCCCCUAACUCCAAUUUAAAAUUCGAAAAAAUAUCAAACGUAGGGGCAUUCCUGUAGUUGUUAUACAACAAAUGAGGGCUAUCGUUUUUUUGCUCACCAGUUGGCGCCUCUGUUGAUGGUGGUCCAAAACACUAAUGAACAGCUGUCAGUCAUUGAAGUGACAUUUGACAUUUCGAACUAUGGAAAAGACCACCAUCUACACUAGCGCCCCUAGCGGCGAAUUCAUACGCGUUAGCCCUCAUUGUGUCAAAAUAUUUUCAAUCAUGUUAAUAUCCAGAGGACUUCCGGUUCGAGCGCCAUCUUGAUAGUUAGCAUCGUGAUUAAUUACUUUGUUUUUUGCUCAUUAAUAUUGUUUAAAGUGUAAUAUCGACAGCUUAUUAUACAGUAAACUAAUGUGGUAGUGUGCAGUGAAUGGAGAAUUAAUUUUGAAGCGCGUUUAACCACCAUCUUGGAGUCAACGGCCGGUAGUCCACGUGCUUCUUGUAAAGUCUAGCUAUCGAUUUACAAGAGCUAACAAAUCACCGUACACCGUCUUGUACAACCGUACAAUUUUUGUCGUUUUUAAACCUCUUAAUACCUUGACACUGGCGAAAUAGUCCCACUGGACUGAAGCCAUAAUUUUAAAAGAAGAAGAAGAAGAUAUCCAGAGAGGAAAAUGAGGACUAUGUUUGUAUGAAAAGGCUAUUUAGCACAGGUCCUUUCUUAAUCUGUGAAUGUGACCAGAGAUUAAUAAAAAAAGACUGCUAUUCAUUACACAGUGGCAUAAAUUUUUGUAAAAAAUAUUUUAAUGGUUUUAAAUAGGUAUUCGUUUCAUAAAUAUUUUGUAUGUCGCUAGGAGUUCACUUGCUUAUAACGCCGUCUAGUGAAGUGCAAGGUUUACAAGGUUUGAAUAUAGAAUUCAAACCUUCAACCCAGCUUCGCACGGAUAGUUCAACUAAUUUACACAAAACCUUUACAAAUUAUAUUUAUAAACCUUCCUCUUGAAUCACUCUAUCAAUUAAAAAAAACUGGCCAAGUGCGAGUCGGAUUAGCCCACCGAGGGUUCCGUACUUUUUAGUAUUUCCCAUCAUCAUCAUCCUGUCCAGGCCGGUUUCGGCCUCGGCGACUGGGUUUUUCUGGUUAGUGAGAGCGACGAUCGUGAGCUCUGUGAGAGCGAUAUAUUAUUCUGUUUUUAGUAUUUAUUGUUAUAGCGGCAACAGAAAUACAUCAUCUGUGAAAAUUUGAACUGUCUACCUAUCACGGUUGAUGAGAUAAAGCCUGGUGACAGACAGACGGACAGCGGAGUCUUAGUAAUAGGGUCCCGUUUUUACCCUUUGGGUACGGAACCCUAAAAACCGCAUCAAAAUCCGUUGCCUAGUUUUAAACUUUCGCGAUUAGAAUAUUAGUAUGGAUUAAUGAAACAUAUGUGAAGAUUAGCAAUCUUUUGUUUACUGGUCUCUGGUGUGUCUAUUUAUAAUUUAUAUUAUUCAGACAAGCAAGAUAUUGUGAACAGCAUUUAUUACGGAAUGAUUGUAGCUUACUUUUAUAUCAUUUAAUUCAUUCGUUAAGUAGCAUGGUAUAAUAAUAUACUCCGCUGGUACUCUCUUCCGAGACUCGCG